UAAGAACAYAMGAUCCGAARCGGAACGCGCAAAGAAACAACAGAUACAACAGAACAAAGAACAAGAGAUCGCACGACAAAUUAAAUUGCCAUGGUAUCGAUUGAAGAAGAUAAUACCGAUUCAUCCUCGUCGUCUUCCGACGAAAAGAUGACCGAUGGGGACGAGAACGAUUCGCCGCAACAGGUAUCGUCGUCCUCGUCGUCGUCCRACAACGACGASGAGGAAUCCGGUGACAGCAGCGACGACGACGACGAAUCGUCCUCUGACGCCACAAAUUCUGUAGCUCGUGCCGCCAGCCGGGGCUACUCGAGGCUGUUUUCUCCCUACCGGACGCUCGGAAUCGUUGCGGACGGACCCUUCCACCUCAUUCCGAACCAGAAUUCCUCGARCGCCAUGGUGUGUGCCGCAAUCGGAGAACGAUUCCACCUGGUGCAGUGCGACAGGCUCCACCCGGUAAUGGUCAGCCACGCCCUCCCGGGGACGAAGGACGGCAGCAAAACCUCCGCCGGUGGGCCCCAGAAAAUAUACCACCUCGUYUCGGACAAUACACUGAGCGUUGCGGUGGUGGCGCACGGCUUUGUUUCCCCGGGGGGCAACCUAGCGGGGGGGSCCAGGAGGGUGACGCUCUUUGAGCGAACCCGGUCCGUCGCAACCCUCGAUCACCUGUGUGAGCGCAGCGACGAGAACGAGRCGGACUGGUCGAUCGUUGGCUUGCUGCACCUGGGAAAGAUCAAGAUUACCAUGACCGGAGAAAAGGCGGACAAGAAAGAAAACGCGGCCCUGAUYGCCGUUGUUCUGAGCAAGGGGAAGCCCUACGACGAGGCCAGCGAUGGGGUUCCCGUGGUGGGAGAAGACGACGGCGGCAGUGAUAGCGGCAGUGACAGUGACAGCGACUCGGACGAAUCCGAAACCAGCGGUCCCGAGGACGCCAGAGGUCCGGAACAAUGCCGUGGGGAGAUUGUGCUGUUAGUGGCAUCCCGAACCACGCUGACAGUGCACAAGCGCAUCAAAUUAACGAAAUUCCCAUCCUUCUGUCCUAGGGUUGCCAUGCACCCACCCACCUACGUCAACAAGAUUGURGUUGGUGGAUCCUGCGCCAAAACGUCGAGGGAUGCGAUGAUUCUGCUCAACGUUCGAACGGGAAAGAUCAUCCACACCUUCAAGUGUCUCGAUAAGCAUUCCCCUMUCGUCAAGUCAGAAAUWACUUCUUUAGAAGCUUCCCCUGCAAUUGAUACAAUCGCUACCGGAAACUCAAAAGGUGCCGUGCACCUGAUCAACAUUCGAUUCGACAAAUUGCUCUUUUCUCUAAACCACGAACCAAAAAAUGCUGGUCGCAAGCCGGUACGAAUCACGAGCAUGAGUUUUCGGACCGAUGGGGCGGCGCUCAAGUACGGGAUUGCACCGCUCGCGGUGGGUCGUUCCGACGGCACUAUAACGGUAUGGGAUCUGUCGCCACCGAAUGACGAUGACGACGACGAUGACUUCCAUCCCGCGGGGGGACGGACCAUUCUUUGCGAAAUGGAGCAAGCCCAUUACCCUGGCGGAGUGUGCAAGCUGCAAUACCUCCCCCAGGAACCCUUGUUGGUAUCGACCGGAACACGRUCCAACAACCUUGUCAUGCACAUCUUUGACAGUCCCGACCACUCCGGAAGGAUUUUGCGACAACGCCGUGGUCAUACGGCCCCACCAAAGUGCAUUCGUUAUCUCCAUCCCGGCAUCGGAGGCAUUCUGGCCAACACGGGCGACGGCACCGAUGCCCGUGCCUGCCAAAUCUUGUCGGGUGGGAGUUCUGACCGAACCCUCCGAAAGUUUUCUACAGUGCGYUCUGUUUUGGACCGAGAAUUCAGUCAGGGGAAGGGUUUGGAGAAGAAAGCCAGGGAACUGGGAAUGCUGAGCAAAACGCAGUUGUUGCUCCCACCGGUCACCGCCAUGGUCACAUCGGAAAUGCGGAGCCGCGACUGGGGAGACCUCGUUAGCAUUCACCAAGACCAUGCAUUUGCGUAUGUAUGGAGUUCAAAGAACGGAGCGCAAUCGGGCCCCGUUCUCCGACAGGACGGCUGGAACGUGAGCGCGAUGAAGAAGCAGCCUCCGAAGUCUGCUCACGCCACCUCUGUUUCAAUGUCGACGUGCGGGAACUAUGCUCUAGUCGGAACCAAGGGAGGCGUUAUUUACAAGUACAACGUUCAGAGUGGAAUGACUCGUGGCACCUACCCCAUCGACAGCAACAGCAAGAAAAACAAAAAGCGUGGCAAGGAUGCCGGUGACAUCCGAAGGACAUUCAAAGCGCUAGAGAAAAAAAUGAAACUCAGCAAUCGAGCAUCGAACCAGGAGAAGGAAGAACUCGACCUCGUAACCAACGCGAAGAGAGAAGCGAUACGCAACGCAAAGCUUCGAUCGGCAUCCCACGAAGGUUAUGCCGUGACCGGUAUCGCAGUGGACAGCGUGAAUCGGACCGUAAUUUCCGUCGGGGCCGAUGCCAAACUCAUUCUAUGGAGCUUUGCGACGCAUGCACCRCACAAGAAAAGCCCCAGUAUGUUGCCGGCCCCUGCAACAAAACUUUGCCAUGUCAAGGAUUCAGAUCUUGCUGCAAUUGCUCUUGACGAUUUUUCGACCGUGCUGUUCGACUGCUCAACGUUCACUAUUGUUCGACGAUUUGGUAUUGGUKCUCAAUCUAAUCGCCACACGGGUCCGAUCAGUGACUUUGGUUUCAGCCCCGAUGCUAGGACUUUAUACACUUCUUCUCUGGAUGGGACGAUUCGAGUUUGGGACGUUCCUACAAAUUCUUGUGUAGACUGGAUGUGCUUCGACACCCCGCCGACGUCGCUUACCAUUAGUCCAACGGGAGAAUUCCUUGCCACAACACAUACUGGGAAGCUCGGUAUCAGCCUUUGGAGUGAUCGAAGUUUUUAUCAAACRGUUCACGUAGACGGAACUCUUGCACUUGCAGCACCCUCAAGGAUGGACGAUCCCGCACCGAUCGCUGAAAUAGAUAAGAUGGACGAUGACGACGAUGUGAAGGAUCUUCUCAAUUCCAUUCCUUCUGGAAUAGGUCAGGAUAGARAAAAAUCGGUGAAUGAAGAAGACAAUUCCACUGGUCCGGCCAAAGCAAGAGAGCAUGGUCUCAUUACUCUCAGUGGUCUGCCACCAGCUCACUGGAAGAAUCUGUUCCAUCUCGAGCUMGUCAAGGAAAGAAACAAGCCAAAAGAACCACCGAAAAAACCUCCAUCUGCUCCAUUCUUCUUGCAAUGGCGCCCGGGAGUCAGUGCCACAGGUGAGUCGACCACAAAUGCAGAAUCGAAAGAUCAAAAUGAAUUGCAAAACAAUGAUGWCGAUCAGUGGGAUGCAGUCUGGUCUGACGACGACGACAACGAAAAGAAAGGUGCGGAAAAUGAUGCGUUCCCAGCCGGUCUCCCACCAAAKGACGACGAGACGAAGAGGCCACGAACGGAAGAGGAGGGCAAGGACGAAGUGCYAACGUCAAAGAGACGGAAAGUUUCAAUCUAUCGAUCACAGCUUGCAUCAUUGUUACAAGAGUGCUCAGAGAAUGCCAAGAGAAACAAUGACUAUARUGAGAAGAACAAMGACAUUUUCACCCCAGUGACAGAAUAUGUGGGGACUCUCGGCCCUUCUGCGAUUGAYGUUUCUCUGUCUACACUUUGCAAUGGCACACACGAUUUGGAAGAUGGACUCCCACUUCUAACUCUGGCUUCUCGGUGGCUAGUUGAGGCCUGCCAAUCCCGAGAACGUUUUGAUGCKGUCAAUGCAUACUUGCAUCGGUUCUUGUACCUCCACGCAAACAUAUUAUCUGGCAUUAACGAAGCUAAYGGGAAUGAUAUGAAAAGGUCUGAAGAGUCGGCGRCCGCAACUGCCGAAGAAGUGGAGCAAAGGCGCCGAGAAAGUGAACAACGRAGGGAGCUUGCAUCGUGCAUUGCCCAACUAAAACAAGCCCAAAGAGAUGGAUCUGUGAAGUUGCAAGCGGAAAUGCAAAAUGCUUUAUGCUUGUUGCGCCAUUUCUCUAGAAUGGUGUAGGUUGAAUUCUUCCGCGAUACACAUUGAAAUUUCGAUGUACAGAGAACUGAAACGAAGCUAGUCUAUUGAAUGACGUACAUACCAUAAUGAUUCGAAAGUUGAAAUCUUGUAGAUUUAAURAUAUUAUCGAUUCCUAGGAUUCSCAAUAAGAUCUAGUAUUCUCUGGAAAGUCAUUUCCRAAAAUCAAAGCUCUUGACGUCAGCAAAGAUCGAGCACCAAAGACUUGGGGUGCUGACGAAUUCCUGCCAUGUGAGUGACUCUUUUUUGAUGAAGGGGAAAAACUCAGCAACGGGAUCGGGUGGUGAYGAUUGUAAGACUCCCCGUUGUCUGUACAAAUAUUGAGAAAGAAAAUGCACUUGGCGCAAUCCAACUAUGAAAUUAAACGGRAAGAAGAUUGGUAAACACCACCAAACUUGUAAUGGCAGAGAUCGUUGGCCGUUACCGACAUCAAUAYUAUCUUCGACGGUGGCCAAACGGCAGUYUUCUUCGUCUUUGUACAAUUCAUUGACGCGAUCAUACAAAAGAAACUGUGUGUAGUAUAAGAAAAUAACWCCCAGCGAACUCCAAUAUAAACCUCCUGKGAUAUGGAGCGUUGAUGCUAAUGGACCCAAGAGCAUUCCGUAAGUGAACGGUCCAAGUGUUCCGUAGCCACCGAAACCCCGGGGUUUCUUUCCUGCGUCUAGUUCCAUUUGUAACAAUUCUUCUUCUACCACAAACUUGUAGUAUCCGUACCACAACAAACCAGUGGGAAAGCUCCCUAGCAUAACCAGCCACAGAGGUCGAGGAACACCCGGUGCACCAGGAGCUGCUGUCAACAAAGUGACAGCAUCUUCCAGGUCCAAUAUUUCUUCGCCACUCGUGUCUUCUCGGAAAAUUGAAAAGGACGUUUUGAGCGGAUCUGGAACGGGCCCUUUGAAGAAUUCGUUCAACCUCACCUGAAAAGAAUUUGCRUGCUGAGAAUUCUGUGGCGUGUAAACCGGCGUCUUCGUCGUCAAUGCCCCUGAAGUUCCCAGCAGACUUUGAAUGUAAAGCAGGUAUAUAAGUAGAAGAGACGACAGUUGAUGACUUGGUGACUUAGACAGCGCCAUUGUUCCCUUUCGUUGGGUUCGACGGUUUCAUUGUGUGAAACGAUAGGAUGAUAGUGCUUCUCGUUUUUUUUUCCUCCAGAUUCCGUCACGGGUUCUGUUCUCUUUUCCUGUCCAAUGCAAUACCGUUACGACAGGUACUUCAUAUGAGUACGAGUUUUCGUACUCGUAGUACCGGCCUGUACGGUUCGUGCUUCUGGAGGGAACAAAAGUCCAAAAAUAUUACGUCACGCGGAGUCGUGAAACGAUAUGAUAGCUAUGUUUCUACAGCACGCACCUGUUAGUUUUUACGCUGCCGUAGAAAUCAUACAGCACUGGUUCUGAUUGACACUAUGAAGWACGUUCUGUACGUACGGUACGUAGUACAUCUAGAAAAUCUAGAAAACUACGAUGCGUAUUUGGAGGUUCUCAUAUUUACAGCCUGUGGUAACAAAACAUCUGCCGCCAUAGCUACCGGUACCGUUACGUGACUGCACCAUCUUGCUUUUUCGCAUGGUAGAGAAAGUAGUUCCUUGUUUCUAACAACCAAACUUUCGAUCUUUGUCAUGUUGACCAUGGUAGUGCUAUUGGUCAACUGCAGAUYGUUCUUUGCCCGUCAAAGUUUUAUCUUUUCGAUUUUUUGAGCGUGUGGUUCUGAUUAGAGCAAAAAUUKAUCAGGACUGGAGAGUGUGUCAUCGUGGGGAAGUGUUUGUAAAGGAAUAACACGUAGCAUUACCAUUCAUCCUUGCCUCGACAAUUGAGUGAUAAGAAACAAGAAAGGACAGGCAAAAUGACACACCGAAGAUACGCACCAUCCCACUAUGACUAGCUCUGCAGCAUUCCAUCCGGUGUUGACACAAUCGUGAAUACUCUAUCGGGCURAACUUGAAUGCAACACGUUCUUGCACCCUUUAUUCGUACAACAGUUAUUUCAAUACUCGAGGACAUACGACUCUAAUCAUUCGAGAGGAAAGUCGGCUUCGAUCCCAUAAGAGAAAGACCAAAUGCGACGCUUUAAUAAGAUACAAAACCAGUCACCCUUCAGCAUUACCAGAAAACAGAUUUGUGUCACUGGAGGAACCGCAAGCUGCAUCRCGGAAGCGCUUCAAAAGAAUAAGUCCUGGAUUCGUUGGACCRCAUUUUUUCCGGGUUAGACCGCUCUGUGGUGAUCACACAUAAAUUAAUAUCUUCCCCUCUUUUCUUCUCUGCGUCAAAAGGUUGYAACUGCAGCCUUUUUCAAUUGACAUCAAGCUUUCCCGUAUUUUUUGGCGUUUCCUSGGAACAAAUACCAUUAUUUUGCCAGGAUGAUCGGGUGAAGUCGAAAAGCUGACGCUUACUAAAUUUCAGGUGAUACCUCGUUAAGCUCGUAUUGGCUGCGUCCUACUCAACGAGCAGAAUCUGGACGUUAGUCAUUAGCAACAACAGAAUCGACCUAACGCGCUCCCGAUUCAGAACUCAGUUUGAUUCGAGGAAUAAAUUGUUGCAAAUGUUUCCAYACUAGCACAAAACUCCAAAGGAAUACAGCCGGUUUGCGAUGUUUYGAAAUAAGGAUUUUUUGCCCAU